AUGUUUUCAGACCCCUCCACUUAUUAAAGUUUUAAUUAAUUUAUUCUUAUAAGCUUCAUCAUAAAUAAGAAAGUUCUGUAAUUUUCUUUGUUAAUAACUUAAAAUCAACAUUUUUGAAUUUUUCUUCAUUAUAUUAUCCAAAUUAUUCUUUAUUAAAGCCUUUCUUAGCUUUAGCCUCUUAUUUUCCCAAGUUUGUUAAAUUUAUUGACACUCGUUACUAGCAUUCGAAAUUUCUAUAUCUAACUUACAAAUGUUUCAAAUUUCUUUUAAAGUAAAAUAAUAUAAUACCUAAUGACUUCAUAAAUGGAACAUCCAGAGGAUUGAAUUUUAUUAAAACACAUACGAAGCUAUCGCGGGACCUUGUGCCAUGGAGUUGGAAAUCCCUCUUCUUCAGAAUAUCCAACCGAACUAAGGUUCUAGUUUGUCGGCACUUUUUCCCUGACAUCUUGAAAAUAUAUCUUAACACAUCUCUUAAGACCUGAAUAUCCUCUCUUGGAACCUCUCAGGAUAUCCCCAUGACAAAUAUGA